UGUACCUUCCUGCCACCCCGGGCAGUGUCUGGGCCCUCAGCCCUCCUCCCUCCACUGGCCCCCUCACAUCCACACCACCAGCCCACAGGAUACCCAGCCCAGGCAGAGGAAACAGGAGCCUAGAGUCAUGGGAGUUCGAGGAGCCUUCCAUCUUCUGCUAGUGUGCCUCAGCCCAGCACUGCUGUCCGCUGUACGGAUCAACGGGGAUGGCCAGGAGGUCUUAUACCUGGCAGAAGGUGAUAAUGUGAGGCUGGGCUGCCCCUAUAUCCUGGACCCUGAGGACUAUGGUCCCAAUGGGCUGGACAUCGAGUGGAUGCAAGUCAGCUCGGAGCCCUCACAUCCAGAGAACGUGUUCUUAAGUUACCAGAACAAGAGGGUCAAUCAUGGCAACCUCCCUCAUCUGCAGCAGAGGGUCCGCUUUGCAGCCUCGGACCCCAGUCAGUACGAUGCCUCCAUCAACCUCAUGAACCUGCAGGUAUCUGACACAGCCACCUAUGAAUGCAGGGUGAAGAAGACUACCACGGCCAGCAGGAAGGUCAUUGUCACUGUCCAAGCACGCCCUGCGGUGCCCAUGUGCUGGGCUGAGGGCCACAUGACAUAUGGCAACGAUGUGGUGUUAAAGUGCUUUGCCAAUGGGGGCUCGCCGCCCCUCUCCUACAAGUGGGCCAAGAUCAGCGGGCACACUUACCCCUACAGAGCCAGCUCCUACCUCUCCCAGAACAGCUUCCACUCAGAGCUUUCCUACCAGGAGUCCUUCCACAGCUCCAUGAAUCAAGUCCUGAACAACGGAGACAUGGUGUUGCAAGACAUCUCCAGGGCCGAUGAUGGGCUGUAUCAGUGCACAGUGGCCAACCAAGUGGGCUACAGCGUUUGUGUGGUGGACGUGAAGGUCUCAGACUCCCGGCGUGUGGGCAUGAUCAUCGGAGCCGUGCUGGGCUCGUUGCUCGCGCUGGCCUGCCUGGCGGUGGGCAUCUGGGGGCUCGUCUGCUGGUGCUGCGGGGGUUCCGGGGCUGGCGCCACCCGCGGUGCCUUCGGCUACAGCAACGGCGGGGUCGGCGGAGGGGCCUGCUGCGACUUGGCUAGUGAGAUCAGAGAGGACGCCGUGGCGCCCGGGUGCAAGGCCAGCGGGCGCGGCAGCCGCGUCACCCACCUCUUGGGGUACCCGACGCAGAACGUCAGCCGCUCCCUGCGCCGAAAGUACGCGCCUCCUCCCUGCAGUGGCCCUGAGGACGUGGCCCUGGCGCCCUGCACCGCCUCAGCCGCCGCCGCCGCCUGUGAAGCUGGCCCCUCCCCGGUCUACGUCAAGGUCAAGAGCGCGGAGCCGGCCGACUGCGCCCAGGCGCCGGUGCAGUGCAAGGACGGUCUUUUGGUGUGAGCGCGCGCCCGGUGCCGCGCCUAGCUGCGCCCCGGCAGGGAGGAGGGAGCGGGGCCUUCUGCUCUCAGCUGGGGACACGUUCGGGCUAGUGCGGACCUCGCUCGUCCCCCGCCGCCCGGAGGCUGGGGGUUGAAGGCAUUUUCCUGGAGAAAUGCAUAGGGAGGCAGAGCCUCCUCCCCAAAGAGGGAGGAGGUGGGCAAAGGAAGUCGGUCUGGAAACUUCUUCGCAACCCUGAAGCCCAGGGCCAGGGGUUGAGGGAAGCAAGAGGAAGCGGAAUCAGUGUCCUAGAGUGGCGAAGGUGGGAGGCCUGGUGUCCCCAGCCAAAGCAGAGGGCCUCGCGGGGCCGGGUGGGCAGGGGUCUGGACUGACCUGUUCAGCGUGUGAGCCCUGUGAUCUGAGGCGGCAGAGUUAGCACAAUAAAGAAACUGUAAGCCUUGA